CCAACCAACCCUAUCCAUCUCUCACUCCUCACCUGCGGCCGCCGGAUGGAGACCUCCCUGCGGCUGCGCGGCGCCGACAGCACCUCCGGGCAGGGGCAGCAGCUGGGCCUCCGCAUCCACGCCAAGCAGAAGCUGCCCCUCGCAUACAACGCGCUCCUCCAGGCUCACGCGGAGAUCGACACCGCCACCCGGAAGCCCAGCCUCCUCGCCAUCCUCGCAAGGCACUUCUUCCCACAGCUGUCGGCCAACGUCGGGGCGGGGGUGCAGCUGGAGAGGGGCAACAUCUUCAGGUACACCCUCCGGGCCAAGAAGGCCGUCUCAUUCACCGACGACGGCCUCCUCGGCCUCAACAUCAAGGGACGCCUCCUCGCAGACAAGAACUUCAAGCCGAGGAGGAAGAGCGGCGCCGUCGAGCUCGCCUGGACCAUACUCGACUUCAGAAGGGGCCAGGACGUCAGGAUCAAGGCCGGAUACGAGCUCUACCGAAAGAUGCCUUAUUUCCAGCUGAGGGAGAACAACUGGACCCUUAAUGGUUACAUGGAUGGAAAAUGGGAUGUCAGAUUCGAUAUGUGAUCGGCUAGGAACCCGUUUGUGGAGGAGAGACUUCUCUGGCAAUCAGUUAGCGCUCUAGUUGUGUUGUUUCUCCUUUAGAGGCCACCAUUUCAUUUCAUUUCAUUGUAUUGCUCCGGAAAGAUGCCAUUCACCAGGCAGCGAGCACCAGUUUUAUGGAGAAAAAAGCCGUAUGUAGACGUAGAAACUUAGACAUUUCAUUGAUGGGAUUGAGUCUGGAAAUUCAGGAUUCAGUUGUGUCUUUAUUUGGUUGGAUGAAGGCACAUGAAUGCGAAUAAGAAGAAUGUACAAGGUGAAGUGCAUGUAAGAACAAAACAAAUUAUAAACUUGAGUGUUUAGUCCAGGAAACAGUUUCCCGAUGACUUUCACUCAACCUCAACAUCUUUGGAUUCAUCACACAUACUCUUCUCCUUUAUGGUCUGCAGCUGCUUCCACUUGCCAGCAACUCAGCCUUGUAUGGAGGUUGAGAUUUCCUUCUCAUUCUCAGGAGUAAGCAGCGAAGGUGACCUUGGCCGCCACUGGAACUGCAACAAUCAUUCAUUCAGUCAUCAACAAGAUAAACGGCCGAGCAUUUCAAUGACAGAGCAACAGGAAGCAUGGAUCGAUUGAAGCUCCACCAGAUUCUGUACUCCUUUGACACCUUGUAAAUCAUCUUGUGCCAAUGAAACACCUGAUUCGAAUA